UCCCGGGGCCCCGCGCGCGGCCGCCCUCGGUCACGUGACGCCGCCGGAAGCGGUCGCGCGGCCAUAGCGGAAGCGGGGCGGGGCCAGUCCUCUUUGGUGCUGGCGGCCGGCGGAGAUGACGAAGGGUACAUCAUCGUUCGGUAAGCGACGCAAUAAGACACACACCUUGUGUCGUCGAUGUGGGUCCAAGGCAUACCACCUGCAGAAGUCUACCUGUGGGAAAUGUGGUUACCCUGCGAAGCGCAAGAGAAAGUAUAACUGGAGUGCAAAGGCUAAAAGACGCAACACCACUGGUACUGGUCGCAUGAGGCACCUGAAAAAGGUCUACCGUCGAUUCAGGAAUGGAUUCCGUGAGGGAACCACACCGAAGCCCAAGAGAGCAGCUGUUGCAGCCUCCAGUUCAUCAUAAAGACUUGUCUAUUUGUUGAAAUAAAUGGUCUUAUCCAGAAAAUCUGUCACCUUUCAUAUAUUUUACUUCAGUUCCUGGAAAUAAAUGUAUUUACACACACAG